AUUUUUUCCUCCUCUCGCCAAUAACUCGAAAAGUGUAUUACAUUAACGCAAAUUGCUCCAUUGAUUUCAGGAAGAAAAAAGAAAAAACUCAACAAUUGAAUAUGGGAUUUUGCUUUUCAAAAGAAAAUGCAGUUGAACCGGAAAUUUAUAAUCCAGAUAUUGAAAAACAAUUGGCCGAAGUUCAACAUGCUCUGAAAGGAGAUUUUAAAAGUAUGGGAUUUCCAACAAACGUUACUCUUCGAAUAGCAAAUAUGGAAUGGUUUCAAAUGGUAAACUAUAGACAGAUAGCAAUUCCUCCUCAUACUAUAUUUCCUAAUCCAAAUACAAAAGAAAGCAUCCUAAAAAAUUACAAUUUUGAAUCAGUAGAUAAGUUUGUCUUGAAAAAAAAUGGAAAAACAUUUUUAAAUAAAUCACCAAAGCAAAUUGCAAUUUAUUUAACAAAGGAUUACAAUGAUGAAAUGUUAAAAGCUAGAGCUUUAUUUAGAUGGUUGGCAUCGCUAGAUUUGAAUAAAGUCAGUUUUGACAAACUAUUAGACCAUCAGAUGAGAUCUACUUUACUAGGAUUAAAGAAUUAUGAAAAAGCUUAUAGUAAAGUAUUUGAAGAACUUUGCAGUUAUGUAAAUAUUCAUUGCCUUCAAAUUGUCGGUUAUGCUAAACAUGCAGGAUAUGAAAUUGGAGAUAAUAUAGACACAAAUGAUCUAAGCCUAUGGAAUGUUAUUAGAAUAAAUAAAUUUUGGUAUUUAUGUGAUGCUAACUUUGCCUCUCGGAAAGUAUGUCAAGAAGAGAAAAAAUAUUCAUUGUUAGCUUCUUUCUUUAAGAAAAAAAGUGAUGAAAGUGUACUUUCUUAUAAAUAUGAUGAUGGAUACUUUCUACCAAAUCCAGAGGAAUUUAUUUACAAACAUAUGGCUAGAAAUCCCAGACACCAGCUUUUGGCAAGGGAACUAAAUGUUGAAGAAUUCAGAGAUUUGGCCUAUUUAAGGCCAGCAUUCUUUCAGCAUAAAUUAGGCAUUGUAUCCCAUCCGAAGUGUAUUGUUUAUGCCGGAAGUCAUAAAAAUGAAAUUCUUAUCUCAACAAGUAAAACGUUUCCUGUAAGAUUUAUUAAAUCUCUUUAUAUAGAGAACACUACUGUCUUAGAAGAGAGUGUAAGACGGCAGAUACUUGACAAGACAAUUGACCCGAAUGAACAUAUUAAAAUGUUCCAAGAUCAGAAGAAAGAACUACUCAUCAUUAGAAUGAAACUACCCCAAACUGCAACUUAUAAAUUAAGAUUACAGGUGAUGGAAGACCAUAAUAAUACGAAAGAAGAGAACGAUUAUGACUGGUGUACUGAUUACAUCAUCAAGUAUACGAAGACAGAUGAUGUCUUUAUCCCACCAUUUCCACACACCUAUCAACACGAAAUGGGCCCUAAUUACAAAACUAGGAACCACAACUUUUUAAAUAUGUUUCCAAAGGUUGGAAUGUAUAGUUCGACAAAUAAGAAUUACACAGAAAUUCAUUUUGAUGGUGAUGAUGACGAAUAUGAGUACUAUGUUCAAGUGACAAACGUUCGCUUUUCCCCAAAAUUCUUACAAAAAUAUUGCCUAUCCCGAUUCGAAAAUGGCUUUGGCCAUAUCAAAUUUUAUUUCCCCGCCUCAGGUGAAUACGGUAUAAAUAUUUUUGGUCAAAGGAGGAAAACUGAGUACAAAUACAGUUGUCUAUGUUUGAAUUUAAUUGAAAAGGAACCGGAAAUGUAUCUACCUUCAAUAUGCUCAUAUGUAGUUACUAAUGAACAAGAGCCAAAUUAUACAUUGAUAUUUCCAGAAAAUGAAAAGUUUACUAUUGGCAAACAACACGAUUAUUUUAAAUUGAAAUUAAUGAUUGAAGAUAAUUUUCAAUCUUAUCAAGAAUGUUUUAGAAAGAUAUAUUUCAAAAUAUUCAAAAGGAUACCAUGCCAAUUUAAAAUUGAAUUAUAUUGGUAUGAUGACAAAGAGAAUAAGCAUGAUUUUUCAGUGUAUUCAUUCUUCGAGAAUAGCGUUGAAAGUGUUUCAUUCCAUAUCAAUUUUCCAUUGCCAGGAAUGUAUAAAUUCCUUAUUUAUGGUAAACAAUUGAAUUCGAGAGAUAAAUACAAAUUGGUUUACAAUUGCUACUUUUACGCUAUUGAAUCUGACCCAAAUACAUUCCAAUUUCCGGUUAUCACUGAUAAAUGGAGAAUAAGUGAAAGUCAUAAAAUUAUUCAACCAUUCAAAAAACUCUAUUCAAAUGAGAAAGUAAGAUUUCAAAUUCAAGGUUUAAAGGCGAAUUCAAUGAUUGGUUGUUUUACAAACAACAGAGAAUUUGAGUUUACUUUUUUCAACGAUAGUUGGGAGUGUGAAAUUGAUAUUGAUAAUUAUUCUGGUGAGCUAAUUAUCAAAGCACAGAUUUAUAAAUCUGCAAAAUUCUUUACACAAAUUUUAACUUAUAAAAUUUUUAAAAGACCUUAUGAAAAACCUAAACAAAUUGCAAUAGAGGAAAGAAAGGAGGAACCCACUCAGGUGGAGCCUAUUCAAGAGGAAUCUAUUCAAGAGGAACCUAUUCAAGAGGAGCCUAUUCAAGAGGAGCCUAUUCAAGAGGAGCCUAUUCAAGAAGAACCAAUUCAAGAAGAACCUAUUCAAGAAGAACCUAUUCAAGAAUCCUAUGAGAUUGACAUUAUUGAAAAUAUUGAAAAUAUACCAAUAAUUCAAACUGAAACUAUUGAAAAUGAUCAUGAACCUUCUCACGAAAUUGGAGAAGUUGAUUGGUCACAACAAAUGCUAGAUGUAAUUUAUGUAAGUGAAUUCCUACCUGAAGAAUCCGAUAGCGAAGAUGAAACAAUUAUUACAGAUGAAAAUGAGAAUAAUGAUUUGAUUGAUAUUGAGAAAAAUGACCAAACCAGUGAGAAUCCAGAUGAUAAAGAAGAACAAUCUUUAUUGACGAAUGCAACAGAACCAGGAAAGCAGAGUAACAGCAAUCAAUUAGCCAACAAAGUUCGAGAAUUAGAAAAAGCGUGCCAAGAGAAAGAUUACAAAAAGUUGAUAAUUGCUAUUAAUAAAGCAUCUAUUAAACCAAUACCUCCUUCAAUAAAAGAAAAUUUAGCAAAGGCAAAUGAAUUGAAAAAAAAUAUGGAGGAAAUUCGAAAGUUGAGGAGGAGAGUCUUAAAAUUGAAUGCAAGAAGUAUUACUGAAUUAAAUCAGUAUAAUCAACCACCAACAGUUGUACACACUGUUAUGAAAGCAACAUUAUUAAUUCUAUCAAUAAGUGAAAUACGAACAGAAGAAUGGAAAGAUUGCAGAGUUUAUAUUAACUAUACAAGUUCGAAUUCAAUGUUAAAAAAGAUUAAAGCACUAAAGGUUUUAAAAGUUCAUCCUUCAAUUAUUCUUAGAGCUGAUGAAAUACUCAAAAACCUAAAUGGACGAGAGGUUGCUGAUGCUAGUGCCGGUGCAGCGGCAUUCUAUAUUUGGUGUAAAGGUAAUAUUGACUUGUAUAGAAAGAUUAAGAAGAAUGAAAUAGAAAAUGCACAACCAGCAACAAAAAAAUUCCAGAAGAGUUUGUUUACAUCUUAAGAACAAUUUACAAUUGAACUGUACUCAAUAUCCCUCAGACUGCAAUAAGAGAGUUUCAACAGGGCGAAAAAGUCAUCAGAGUUUAUAGUCUUUAUUGUUAGAUAGGCCUAUAUCAGACAGAAAUUCUCAGAAGAAUAUUCCUUUGUUCCAUUUUAAACUUUUAAAGAUUUUUUCCUGACAAAUAAUUAAUUAGCCAAUGUCUAUUCAACUAAUGAUUUAUAGAGAAAGAAUAAAUGAAUUCAAAGGUUUUGCAGUUGACAGUUCUUUUGUAGAUGAAAAUGUAUUGGAAAAUUUUAUGGUAAUGUUUGGUGUUACAAACUCUUACAAACUCUAUAUACAAACUACUAUGUUAUCAUAUAAAUGUAAAGGGGUUAAUAGUAAUUUGUAUACAUUUUCUUCAAAUUUCUUAUUGCACUCGUAUCCUUAAAUUCAAUAAGAAGAGUUUGGAGUUCUUUUGCAGCGCUUGUAACUUUUCUACAGCAAUUUCUUUCCAGAUUUUCAACAAUAUCAAAUAUAAAAUGACUUGUUUCUGCUGAAUGAGUAUAAAA